GGGAGAAAUUCAAAAUCAAAGCUGUCGCUAUAGCAACGCCCCUGCCUGAUUCCACCAAUCGAUGGAGACCGCGGGGUUGUGAGAUGCGCCAGGGAAAGGCCAGCGUCCUACAUAAAGAGUCCAGGACAGGGAGCCGGGCAUCACACAAGGCAGCGCACCCGUCUGCACGCGUUCGAUUAGGAGAGUGGCACAGAGAGGAGAGGAGAGGCAAAAGGACAAACAGAAAGAGAAGCAGUGAAAAAAAUAAAAAAAUAAUAAUAAUUGAGAAAACAUGGUCCGCUCAUGUGAACAAGAGAUUCCUGGCUGGGUCUAUGUGGGCACCCUGCUCUUCUUUAUCUACUUCCACUCUGUCACAGUCAGCGGAGCUCCACUGAAGCAGGAGGCACUGGAUAGUGGUGCCACGGUCCUGAAUCACUCCAUGAGUUUGGUGCAUCGUAUGGAGAACCUCCUGGCCAUGGGCAACAGUAGUGAUGUCAGUUUGCGGGUGCAUACCAUCAACACAGAUGAGGUGAAGGUGAUUCAAGCCCACAGCCUGGUUCUCAGCCUGCAGAGCGAUGUGUUUGAGGAACUGCUGCUCAGUCGCAACAACAGCGCUCUGGUUUUGACGGAGACGCCUGAUUGCGCUGCCGCCUUUGACAAGUUUAUUAGGUAUUUGUACUGUGGUGAUAUCUCAGUACGGCUUGAUCAGGUCAUAUCUCUGCACAAGCUGGCCAGCAGGUACCACGUGUGGGCCUUGCAGCAAGGUCUGUCCCAGUAUAUGGCUCAACACCUUUCCAGCGACUCACCCGCGGGCCACGUGGUGAGCUGGUACAACUAUGCACAGCAAAUUGGGGACGCAACCCUGCGGGACAGUUGUCUGCAGUACCUGUCCUGGAAUCUUUCCUCUGUGCUGCAGAGUGGAGAAUGGGGCUCCAUCAGCGAAGACCUGCUCCUGUCCUUGCUCCAGCGCUCUGACCUGAUUCUGCAGAGCGAGCUGGAGCUCUACGAGGCCCUGGAGAGCUGGAUUAAUCAUAACCAGCCAGUGACUACAACUGUGGAAAGUGCGCUAAAGGCUGUUCGAUAUGGCAUGAUCCCUCCUCAGCAUCUCUUCCGUCUUCAGAAGCAGUCCCUCCUCAUGGUGAAGCACUACGAGUCCAUUCGUGAUCUCCUAUAUCUAGCUUUCCAGUUCCACUCRGCCUCACCCAUUCAACUGGCCAAGUACUUUGAUGUCAACUGCAGCAUAUUCACGCCCCGUAACUAUUUGUCCUCCUCCUGGGGUUCGCCGUGGAUCAUCAAUAACCCCACCCGCGAUGACCGCAGCUUCAGCUUCCAGACCCAGCUUGGUCCCAGCGGCCAYGACUCCAGUAAGAGAGUGACAUGGAACGCUCUGUUCUCUCCUCGCUGGCUCCCGCUCAGCGCCAGGUCAACGUACACCGAACUUGGMGCCAUGCAGCCCACCCGCACCGAGGCAGGUCGACCUCGCAUCAUCGUAACGCCCGCCACUUCCAGCCCGGACUUUGCCGGCGUGAGUUUCCAGAAAACUGUUAUUGUGAUGGCGAAACAGCAAGGAAAAGUGGUCGUCCGCCACGUCUACAACUUCCAUCAAAGCACAGAGGAGGCUGGGGAUUUCCUGGUGGAUGCUGACCUGCAGCGGCGUGCGUCUGAGUACCUAAUCGACAGCUCCCUCUACCUGCACAUUGUGAUCAAACCUCUCUACCACACUCUUCUAGUUGCCAGGAAGUAGAAGCAGGAAUUUGACAUGACCUCACCAUUAGUCAUCCACCCACAUGAUCACGUGUACAUAAUGCAAAGCACACUCAUAUCACAACACAUGAUUGCAUCAGGUAUGUGAUAUGGUCAUGAUUUUGUGCUUUUUUUUUGUCUUCCAACAGUAAGGGUGAUUUUAUUAAAAAAUACUUUGAAUUUAACAGCUCAACAGUGAUUUUCAUGGUGGUAGGUUAUGUUCAAUAUUUCAUGUGUUCUGGAAAAAGAAAGGGAAAACAUUACUUGACAGCUUUUGUUGAAUUGUGUAAUAGUUUUUCCCCCUUAAAUGUAUUAAUUAUGUAAGGGUUUAUAUUUUUUGAAUAGGUGCUAUAAAGAUUUAACAGUCACUAUUAUUUUUAUGCCUUUUUCCACAGUCAAAUAUAGAUUAUGAUAGUUUGUAGCUCAUGACAGAACCUUUACAAUGCUUGAAUCUUGUGUAACAGAAUGGGUUAAAUAAACUGCAAAUCCAUUUUC